AUGUCACGUCCUGAAGAGUUGGCACCACCAGAGGUGUUCUACAAUGACAAUGAAUCCAAUAAGUAUACCACAUCUACUCGUGUGCAGCAUAUACAGGCCAAGAUGACAUUGCGUGCAUUAGAACUAUUGAACAUCCCACCCAACUCGUUUGUGUUAGAUGUCGGCUGUGGUUCUGGUCUUAGUGGAGAGAUUCUCACGGAAGAGUAUGGUCACGUCUGGUGUGGAUUAGAUAUUUCGCCUAGCAUGUUGGCUACGGGAUUAACAAGAGAGGUAGAAGGUGAUUUAAUGAUGCAAGAUAUGGGUCAAGGUGUGCCGUUCCGUGCAGGUACAUUCGAUGCAGCUAUCAGUAUUAGUGCAAUCCAGUGGCUUUGUUAUGCAGAUACCAAAUACCAUGAGCCUCAGAAACGACUGAUGAGAUUUUUCAACGGAUUAUUUGCCUCAUUGAAAAAAGGUGGUAAGUUCGUUGCACAGUUCUAUCCCAAGGAUGAUGAUCAUGUCGAACAAAUUCAACAUGCAGCCAAAUUAGCAGGAUUCAGUGGUGGUCUUGUCAUUGAUGAUCCAGAGUCGAAGAAGAAUAAGAAGUACUACCUCGUCCUAACGUCAGGCGCACCUAGUGUACAAGAUCAACAGGUUAACUUAGAAGGUGUCACUAUGGAUGAACAGGAGAAGAUCAGCAAUGCAAGACGUAAGAAGAACGAAAGAGAGUCUACAAAGAACUACGUGAUGAGAAAGAAGGAACUAAUGAAACGUAGAGGUCGCCAAGUCACCCAUGAUUCCAAAUUUACUGGUAGAAAGAGAAGGCCAAGAUUUUAA